AGUUCGAUCGAGCGCGCGCGCGAAAACUUAACUUCUCUCGAAAAUUUUGUGUUAUUUUGCGCGUCUUCACACACUCUCUCUCUCUCUCUCGUCAAUUUACAUCUGCCAGAAGAUCGCGCGGUUUAAUGCGAUAUAAUUACGCACACAUUAAAUUUUUCGGUGAACAGUGGGAGAAAGAGAGUUUGAUAACUUUUUUUGAAUAUUUUUUCGGGACCAACUUGAAGUGCGUUUGCGGGAGGAUCGUCAGUUUCCAGCGGAUCGUCGCGAAAGAUAGUGUUCGGGAAGAAACUUUGGACAGCCGGCAAUACCCUCGUGUGAUCGUGAGUGUAUGUGUGUGUGCUUCAGGGUUCCAGUGUCUUUGUUAUACCUGCCGAAAUUGCGUUACACGCGAAAUAGCCCAAGUGUCUAGAGUUGGCCAGAUGAUUUAACCGACGACUCGGGCUCUACGGGCCUCAAAAAAGUGUUCAUUUGUUCGGGUUGAAAAAAAGUAAUCCACAAAAGAGAGGGAAACCCAUUAUAACUGUGUAUAGUGAAUUUAAUGACCCACGGGGUUCGUUAUCAGUAAAUAACCACCGCAAUCGCGCGGCUCGAGGAGAGUAAAAACGAUAAAGCCCCAGCAAACAAAAGUUUAAAGAUCGCACCAUUUUGCAAUUGUAAUUGAGGCUGCUGCGAAGAGAUAUUGGUGACCAACGACCAAAACAACGCAACCAUGAGUACCAUGAAGGCGGAAAACAAGAUCUCGCUGAAGAUCGACCCAUCUAAAAAUAACAUGAUCAAAUCUCCAACUCUCCAGUCAAAGCGUGAAAUGUUUUUCAAAUCCGAAAGCAACAGCCCGUCGGGACCACCCCCGAAUCCACCGGUGUUGGGCAAUCUCAACCUGGCAAACAACAACGUUGUGAAUAACAGCGCAUCGCACCUAAACAAUGCCAAUUCCACCAGCGACAAGCAUUCAAUUAACUCGCAUACUAACAGCGGCGGCGGCGGCGGCGGUGGCCUGCCUUCUAACAACUCGGUCUCUAACAUGAACAACACCAACAACAACAACCACAACAACAAUAGUAUCAAUCACAGCAGCAGCGCCACCAGCAACGGAACGAACGGCGGCGGCGUCAACGGAUUGGCCAACAGUUUGAACAGCAUUUCGUUGAAGGAGAAGCGGGACGCGAUUUUGAACGCGAAUCACCACGGGGAUGGGCUGCUGAUUCAGAACAACGGCCACCACGACUCGAACAAGAUCCUGAACGAGCGACACGAAAAGGAGAAGCCGGUGGUAAAGUCGAAGCCGAAGGAGCUGGACGGGUACGUUGGGUUCGCGAAUCUGCCGAAUCAGGUGUACCGGAAGGCGGUGAAGAAGGGCUUCGAGUUUACGCUGAUGGUGGUGGGCGAGUCCGGGCUCGGCAAGUCUACGCUGAUCAAUUCGAUGUUCUUGUCGGAGGUGUACCACGCCGAGCAGCAUCCGGGCCCGUCUAAGCGGGUCAAGAAGACGGUCGCGGUCGAGAGCACAAAAGUAUUACUGAAGGAGAACGGGGUGAACCUGAUGCUGACGGUGGUGGACACGCCCGGGUUCGGCGAUGCCGUCGACAACAGCAACUGCUGGAUCCCGGUGGUAGACUUUGUCGAGAGCAAGUACGAGGAGUAUCUGACGGCGGAGUCGCGCGUCCACCGGACGGCCAUUCCGGACACGCGCGUGCACGUGUGUCUGUACUUUAUCGCCCCGUCCGGCCACGGACUGAAACCGCUGGACAUUGAGUUCAUGCAGCGGCUGUGCGAUAAGGUCAACAUCAUUCCGGUCAUUGCCAAAGCGGACACGCUCACGCCCGAGGAGAUUACGGCGUUCAAGAAGCAGAUUCUCAACGAGAUCGCCCAGCACAAGAUCAAGAUCUACGACUUCCCGGAACCGCUGGAGGAGGAGGAGGACGCCAAGACGCUCCGGCAGCUGAGAAGUCGCGUUCCGUUCGCCGUGGUCGGUGCUAAUGCAAUCAUUGAGAUUGACGGACGCAAAGUGCGCGGCCGUCGGUAUCCGUGGGGUGUAGCCGAAGUUGAAAACCUAGAUCACUGUGAUUUCAUUGCACUCCGAAAUAUGGUUAUCCGGACACAUUUGCAGGACCUGAAGGAUGUGACCAACAACGUGCACUACGAAAAUUACCGCUGUCGAAAGCUGGCCGGUCUCGGCAACGACGGAAAGACCAAAAUGAGCAACAACUUAUGCAAUAUUGGAACGAUUAAUGCAAACUCAUUUGGUACUGGAUGGAACCCGCUGGCCCAGAUGGAGGAGGAAAAGCGCGAGCACGAGUCUAAGAUGAAGAAGAUGGAGGCGGAGAUGGAGCAGGUGUUCGAGAUGAAGGUCAAGGAGAAGAAGCAGAAGCUCAAGGACUCGGAGGCCGAGCUGACGCGGAGGCACGAGGAGCGGAAAAAGGCACUGGAGCUGCAAAUCCGCGAGCUGGAGGACCGCCGGAAGGCGUUCGAGAUGGAAAAAGGCGAGUGGGAACAGUCGAACGGCGUCACGCUGGAGGAUCUCCGACGCAAAAGCCUCGAGGCAAACAGCAAAGAGACCGCGUCACUUGCAUCAAGAAGUUCCGAUGAGUCCAAGGGCAGGCGCGUGUUUGGAUCGCUGCUGCGUAGGCACACUAGCUUCGGGGCUCCCGAUUCCGCCCGUGGCGGAUCUUCCUCUUCUACUUGUACCAAUACUACUACUACUACCACCACCACCACCAUCACUAAUAGUAACAAUUGCACGGUACCACCUAGUCCGCAAGAGAAUAACGAAUCUUAAAGGAUCUGACCUAUACCUAGGUUGAAAAAAUGUGUGAGAAGUCGAGACCAAUUUUACCACCCACACCGUCACCACCAAGCUAAAACCAUGCACACAUUCUCUGCUGGCAGGGCUUUCUCUUGAAAAUUUACAUGUAAUAAUAAUAUCUAUGCGAACGGCGCAAGACACGAUAAUCUCCAUUUACUGUGUAAUAUUUAGUACUACUAAAAGCAAGCUCACUAAUUCAGUUUAGUUGAACGUCACUUGAGAUGUAACUCUAGCAUUAUAAAUCGGAGAGAUCGUAGAGGAGACAGCGGAUGCAAAUAAGUAUAGCAAAAUAAAACAUUAAAUUGUGCUAACGACCACAAACAAAAUGGAACAAAUGCGCUACUUUUAGUAGAUUUGCACCAAACUAGACUUAACAAUGCAAAAAAAGAAAAACAUGCUAACACACUUAUCAAGCAAACCACAUUUAUACACGUAAAACGAGCUGUGCAGCAGAAUUUCUCCUCGCGAAAAGAAAAAAAAACUCACUUACCGCGUGCUCUCUCUCCCUCACAAUUACUUAUUAGCGAUAUUACUUACAAACGUAAACAAACAACUCAAUCAAUAUUACCACUUUUUAUACUCGCUUGUUUGCAUUUUUUGUUUUCGAUUAAUUUAGCUCUCUAAACAUCGUUUCGAUUAUUCUCGUUUUGGUUAGUGGACAAAUAAUACCGCAUAAUAAAAAGAAUCAGGACACUUUAUAAUCUCGUGUACUCAUAUCAAAUAAUACCGGAAUUCAAGUGUAACGCAAACAACAAACUCGCGAAAGGGAUUCAAUGUACACAAACGCAUUCAUUCGCACACCUCUGUCAUGAAUCAUGUGUUCUUUUUGUGUUCUUUUGUUGUUGUUUUCAUUUGGGACGAAAUAAACUUGCAAAUGUAUCUACAAAACAGAACCAAA